AUGUCGUGGACCUCUGCUUCACUGCUGGCUCUGCUCACCAUCCUCUGUGCCCUGUCUUUUUCCCCAGAGGCUGAUUCUGCAGCUGUGCCCGGCGACAACACUGAGAAGGAUGGGAAAGGACCUUUCAAAGGAAUCUUCUUAGAGGAAGCUGAUGCGUCAAACUUCUUCAGACGACGCAGCAGGAGGGCGGCCAAGUCCCAGGAUGAGAUUAAUGCUGAACAGAGACAGGUACUGGCCGCCGACGAGAGGAGGAGAGAGUUCCAUGAGGAGAAAAGGAACGAGUACGAGAAUCACGCCGAGGAGCAAAGUGACGAGCAAGACGAGCGGACCAGGGAGAGCACAGAGCAGUGGAGGGAGUUCCAUUAUGAUGGCAGAUACCCUCCGCAAGACUACAACCGCCAGUCCAUUUGA